GCUUUUGGCCCCGCUGCUGGUGUCCGCUGUGGCCCCGUCGAGUGUUGAAAAUGGCUGCAGCCGGCGACCCUGGCUGUGCUGAAAGCUACCGUUCUCCGCUGGCAGCCCGCUACGCCAGCCGCGAGAUGUGUUUCUUGUUCAGCGACAGGUACAAGUUCCAGACGUGGCGGCAGCUGUGGCUGUGGCUAGCGGAGGCCGAGCAGACGCUGGGUUUGCCUAUCACAGAUGACCAGAUCCAGGAGAUGAAGUCCAACCUGAGCAACAUUGACUUCCAGAUGGCAGCUGAGGAAGAGAAGCGCCUGCGGCAUGACGUGAUGGCUCACGUGCACACGUUUGGCCACUGUUGUCCCAAAGCUGCAGGCAUCAUUCAUCUCGGUGCCACCUCCUGCUAUGUCGGUGACAAUACGGACCUGAUUAUUCUGAGAAAUGCAUUUGACCUGCUUUUGCCAAAGCUUGCUAGAGUGAUCUCCAGGCUUGCCGACUUUGCUAAGGAGCAUGCUGAUCUGCCCACGUUAGGUUUCACACACUUUCAGCCUGCCCAGCUGACCACAGUUGGCAAACGCUGCUGCCUUUGGAUUCAAGAUCUCUGCAUGGAUCUCCAGAACUUGAAGCGUGUCCGUGAUGAGCUGCGCUUCCGAGGAGUGAAGGGCACCACUGGCACACAGGCCAGCUUCCUGCAGCUCUUCGAGGGAGAUCACCAGAAGGUGGAGCAGCUAGACAAGAUGGUGACAGAAAAGGCAGGGUUUAAAAGAGCGUUCAUUAUCACAGGACAGACCUACACAAGGAAAGUGGACAUCGAAGUGCUCUCUGUGCUGGCCAGCUUGGGGGCGUCAGUGCACAAGAUUUGCACUGACAUACGCCUGCUGGCGAACCUGAAGGAGAUGGAGGAACCCUUUGAGAAACAGCAGAUUGGCUCCAGUGCGAUGCCAUACAAGCGGAACCCCAUGCGCUCCGAACGUUGCUGCAGCCUGGCCCGUCACCUGAUGGCCCUUACCAUGGACCCACUGCAGACAGCUUCUGUGCAGUGGUUUGAACGUACUCUGGAUGACAGUGCCAACCGACGGAUCUGUUUGGCUGAAGCAUUUCUCACUGCAGAUACUAUAUUAAAUACCCUACAGAACAUUUCUGAAGGAUUGGUGGUAUACCCCAAAGUAAUUGAACGGCGCAUUCGGCAAGAGCUUCCUUUCAUGGCCACAGAGAACAUCAUCAUGGCGAUGGUCAAAGCCGGGGGCAGCCGCCAGGACUGUCAUGAGAAAAUCCGAGUGCUUUCCCAGCAGGCAGCUGCUGUGGUUAAGCAGGAAGGGGGUGACAAUGACCUUAUAGAGCGCGUCCGGGCAGAUGCCUACUUCAGCCCCAUUCACUCACAGUUGGAGCAUUUGUUGGACCCCUCUUCUUUCACGGGCCGAGCGCCCCAGCAGGUCCACAGGUUCCUGGAAGAGGAAGUGUACCCCUUGCUGAAGCCCUAUGGAGAUGAGCUGGCUGUGAGAGCAGAGCUGUGUCUGUAGAGCAGGAGGGAGUUAAGGAAGCUGAUGAGCUUGCUGACCACAGUGUGAACAGUCAAUACUGCAUGUGGUGGCACACACUCAGGAGGCAGAGGCAGGCGGAUCUCGGGGUUCAAGGCCAGCCUGAUCUACAAAGCAAGUUCCAGGACAGCCAGGGCUACACAGAGAAACCCUGUCUCAAUAAACAAACAAAAAGAACGUACGUUAAAUUCUGUUGCUUGGGGCUCACAACAGACAGUCAUGCAUUCUUGUUUUCUCCAGUCUUGUUGAGACAGGGUCUCACUAUGUAUCACUGGCUGGCCUGCAACACAGAAAUCUUCCUCACCUCCCCAAUGCCAGGAUUAAAUGUGUGCCCCACUAUGCCUGGCGCUGUUCAUGUUUUACAGCAACAUAAUCUUGCAGAACAAGUAGCUCAUGCUUUCAAGAUGCCUCAAGUCUACAGUGUUUCCUCACUUACAUUGAGACUGUGUCACCGUAAACCUUUCAUAAGCUAAAAAAUGAGUUCAGUUCACCUACCAAACAUUAUUAUGUGUUCAUAACACUGACAGUAACUUUUGGUCAGAGAAGAUGCCUAACAAACCCUGUUAGUAAUAUAGUCAAAUGCCUAGUGUCGUUACUGAGUGCUCUGCGGGCACACUGCCGCACACUGGGCUAGCCUCUCCUGUAGUCCUUUUCAAGUAUUUACUUGAUUGUAAAGUAGCAAGAAAUUCCUGGUCCCUGUGGGGAUGGGUUUAAGUCAAAAAAUCACCUGAAUCUGUGAUUGAGAAUCAUCAGAUCCCUUGAUUUCAAUUCUUUUCACCCAGGUUAAAUAAUGACAUUUGUAGCUCGGGAGCAGGAGAAAAUGGAUAUUGUUGGGUCCCUUCAGUUCCGGUUGUGUCUGUUCCAUCUUUUACAGAGGUUUGCUUAUCAGGCCAUGUUAACUGGGUAAACUGAUUGCAUUAUGGGGCCUCCCAGUCUCUUAUCCUUGUUAAAUAGAUUGGUAGCUGUUCAGACAAGCCAGUCAAAGGGUGAAAUGCCCAGCCAGAAGGGGAGCAUUAGCCUUGCCUCAGGCUGUGUUUUUGGUGUGUAUGAAAAGGAAGGGCUGGCAAGAUGGCUCAGCUGGUAAAGAGGUGAAGGGGGCAAACAGACUCCACAAACUUGUUCUCUGACCUUCGCUAAUAGUAAAAUGGGUUAAGUGAGAAAAGCUGCUUUGGGAGCACACAGUUAAUACCAGCACUCAGGAGGCAGAAGCAGCCAGAAACACCAGAACCCUCAGACCUGAGGGCAGCGCUUCACCUCCCAGCCAGGUCCCUGUCAUGUAACCACAGCACCCCAUGGAGAGGACCCUAACAGUCAUGAAGGGGCCAAGAAGCCCCUCCACAUGCAGAUGAGGCAUCCCUAACAUCUCAGACCAAGCCAAUAAAAAGCAUCUGCUCUUAGGCUCCAACCCGCCCCAAAAUUUCUAUAAGACCCUGUCCACAAGGAAUAAAGGCUUGGGAAUUGUCUCACCAAAGGUCAUCUGGGAGUGUCUGCCAUAGAAGAACUGUAACUCUUCUCUCCUCAAGCUUUCACCACUGGAAGCUGCCUGAGCCUACCGUGGUCAUUAGGUAGCCCCAACCUUGGCUCCUAGUCCCUCUCCUCUGAGUAGUGUCCUGAUGCUCUAGAGUAGCAGCAGCCUCUGUAGAGCGACUCUCCCUCCCCUUCAGAAUGGGCAACACUUUGGCCACUCCUGCCUGACCAGAGCUCAGUAGAUCUCCACAGAUAGCGUCUGUUACACAGACCAGUAUACACAGUGAGUUUGAGGCCAGUUCAGAGACCUUCCUGCAAAGUAGACAUGAAGAUUUUGUUCAUCAGAUUUUUAGUUGAUAAGAACUAGGAGAGUUAACCAACUGAGAAACAUGGGAAGCAUUGGGAAACAUGGUAGCGGUGUCCUGAAAGGUCACCUGAUAAUAUGCCACACCCAGUAUUAUGUUCAAUCUUGGUUAGGGCCAAAGAGAGACAUCAAACUUUAAGACCCCAGUGUCUUUUGAGGUCUUAGUGUAUGUGGACUUCUCCAAGUCGGCCUUGAAAUGGUACCUUAUCCUCCAGGGUGCAGUGACGAUAGGUGUACUGUUUAUUAGAAGACUGGUAUCAUGGGCUAUUGUCUAGCAAGAAAAACUUGAGUGUGACCUACAACCUGUCCGAGAAGGAGCUAGAAAACAAUGUCAGGAGUGUUUGAAGGAGGAAGUCUGUACCUCUUCCAGUUGUGCUCUUAUGUAUCCAGAAUCUCAACUUGUCUUGAUAGCCCAGCACUUAGGAGGCUGAGGCAGGAGGAUUGCCAUGGGAAUAAUUCCAGACCACAUAGAUUACAGAUUGAG